AUGCCUGCGGGCGCGGGGAGGCGUGGCCUCCCCCAGGGCCACCACCUCUGCUGGUUGCUCUGCGCUUUCACUUUAAGGCUCUGCCAAGCAGAGGCUCCCGUGCGGGAAGAGAAGCUGUCAGUGAGCACCUCAAAUUUGCCGUGCUGGCUGGUGGAAGAGUUUGUGGUGGCAGAAGAGUGUGCUCCAUGCUCUAAUUUCCAGGCUAAAACCACCCCUGAGUGUGGUUCCACAGGAUAUGUGGAGAAAAUAACAUGCAGCUCAUCUCAGAGGAGUGAGUUCAAAAGCUGCCGCUCAGCUCUGAUGGAACAACGCUUAUUCUGGAAAUUUGAAGGGACUGUCAUAGGUCUGGCCUUGGUCUUUGCUUGCCUUGUCAUCGUUCGUCAGCGACAACUGGACAGAAAGGCUUUGGAAAAGGUCCGGAAGCAAAUUGAGUCCAUAUAG